AUGAUGUCAGUUCAUAUGGUGAAGUGCCCUGACUGGGAUCUGUUACACUGUUGGCCUCCAAAUGAACUAGUCUGUCAAGUUGCUGGUAAGCGUGGCAAUUUCAGAGGUGAAACAGACCUUCAGCAUACACGGAUGCUGUUGCAAAGUGUUCAGCAACUCCAGUCGGCUGAUGUAUGGGAAGCAGCAUUCAUUAUAAUAUUUGAAAAAAUUCUUUUUCAGAUAAUCGCCUUUGAUGAACUUCGGACAGACUUCAAAAGCCCAAUAGAUCAGUGCAACCCAGUCCACGCGAGAGAGCGGCUGAGAAAUAUUGAGCGUAUUUGCUUUCUCCUGCGAAAGCUGGUGUUGCCAGAGUACUCUAUCCAUAGUCUUUUCUGCAUAAUGUUCUUGUGCGCUCAAGAGUGGCUCACACUGGGGUUAAACGUUCCUUUGCUUUUUUACCACUUCUGGAGGUAUUUUCGUUGCCCUGCAGAUAGUUCAGAGCUAGCAUAUGAUCCACCUGCAGUCAUGAAUGCAGAUACUUUGAGUUACUGUCAAAAAGAGGCCUGGUGUAAGCUAGCUUUCUAUCUCCUUUCCUUCUUCUACUAUCUGUACUGCAUGAUCUACACUUUGGUGAGCUCUUAA